CGUUGGACUAUUCGGCAGUUGCCAUGAGAUUCCAGAUUCGAUAAAAUUUUAGUUUUUUUAGGAGUUAUUCGUUCUUACCAGAUAUGUUAAAAGAAGAAACUAUCUCCAGAUAAAGACGAUGACAGAAGAAGAUGCCAGCGAUUGCUCUUCUGUAGGAAAAAAUAAAAUAGGAAGCAUUACCAGAACAUUCAAUGUUAGUUUCCCUUCACGUGACAUUAUAGAAACUAAUUCUAAAAAUUUUGAACAAAAUGAAGAAUUCAAGGAAUUGAUGAAAAAAAUGCAAGAAGUGAUCACAGAUUUAACAAAACAAAAGAACGAUCAGAAUAAAAACCAAAUUCAUAUUCAUAUUCAUAAUGACGACGACAAUGAUGAUGAUGAUGACAUCGAUUAUGAUGCUGAUGAUGACCAUAAUGAUGAUGACGACGAUGAUGAUGAUGAUGAUGAUGAUGAUGAUGAUGACGACGACAGUGAUGAUGAGGACGACGACGAUGAUGAUGAUGAGGAUGAUGAAGAGGACGACGAUGAUGAUGAUGACGAAGAUGAGGAGGAGGAUGAUGACGACGACGAUGGUGACGAUGAGGAUGAUGACGACGAUGACGACGACCAUUAUAAGGGACAACAUAUCCAUAUGCAUUUGUAUUUUGACGGCAACAAGUUUAAACCUCUUACUGCAGGAGGGACAUACAUGUCUUCCCCUGGAUUACUGCGAGAAGGACAUAUGUGUCUUUUGUGUAAAAAAAAAACUCAUGCCCAUCGUGAAGUAAUUCCUCAUCUGAAUUUACUUGCUGAACAUACAAAUGGUGUCAGAGGAAACAUCCACUUUAUACAAAAGGCUAAUGGUCCAGUAGAAAUUGAAUUAAACAUAAAUGGUUUUGAGAUGAAUGCAGCUAGUGCUUCCAUAAUUCAUGGUUUUUACAUUCAUACCUUUGGAGAUCUGACUAAUUCCUGUGAUUCAUUGGGUUCUCACUACAAUCGCCACGAAAAAUUACAUGGAUCUGAAGAAAUUGGCGCCAGAUUCACCAGAGAUCAGAAGAUCUUGAAAAAGGCGGAGAUGGCUGAAGUUUAUCAUGCGGUAACGCCGGUCCUAGAACUGCUUGCUGUGUAACUGGAAGAGAAGACUCAAAACAACUUAAAUCUAUUCGUAUACAUAAAUACAAACGAUGCGCCUGAUUCUCCUCUACAAGACCUAUAUAGCCAUACCCCGUGACACCCCUCAUUAUUUUUCUCUAGAAGCCAUGGAAUAAGCCAACCCUCCUGUUUUUUUCAAAAUUUUUCAAAUUUCGAGUCCUAGUUUCAGAUUUUUGAACAAAGCGCCACUCGAAACCAUGCGCAACAGAUGCACCUGUUUCUCCUCUACAAGACCUAUAUAGCCAUACUCCGUGACACCCCUCAUUAAUUUUCUCUAGAAACCAUGGAAUAGGCCAACCCCCUGUUUUUUUUUCAAUUUUUUUUCAAAUUUCGGGCCCUAGUUUCAGAUUUUUGAACAUAGCGCCACUCGAAACCUUGCGCAACCGAUGCGCCUGUUUCUCCUUUACAAGAACUAUAUAGCCAUACCCCAUGACACCCCUCAUUAUUUUUCUCCAGAAGCCAUGGAAUAGGCCAACCCCCUGCUUUUUCAAAAAUUUUCAAAUUUCGAGCCAUAUUUCCAGAUUUUUUAACAUAGCGCCACUCGAAAACUUGCGCAAACGAUGCGCCUGUUUCUCCUCUACAAGAUCUAUAUAGCCAUACCCCGUGACACCCCUCAUUAUUUUUCUCUAGAAGCCAUGGAAUAGACCAACCCCCCUGCCUUUCAUUUUUUUUUUUAAAUUUCGGGCCCUAGUUUCAGAUUUUUGAACAUAGCGCCACUCGAAACCUUGCGCAAACGAUGCGCCUGUUUCUCCUCUACAAGACCUAUAUGGGCAAUAAAUCAAGGGUAAGUAAAUUUUGGCUCAAAAUGGUCUAUAUAUUUUUUUUCUAUCACCAAAAGUUUCAUUUCUGCAAAUUUGUUUGUUAGUUCAAUUAAACAAAGAUAGCAAAGGUGCUAUUUUUUUCAGGGAAGGACUACUUUUACAUACGUUCUAAAUUGAAGUGGGUGCAUUGGUGGUCUAACACCUACAACCAAUCCGUUGAUAGGUGCAGAUUUACUGUGGUACUGAAUAUUACCCUGAAAAGGGGUGUGGCUUGUUUUACAAACAGAUGUGGUAAAUCCCAAUUCAUGGUAGAGAGUAAAUUGCAAUUUCUGGACGGAAUAUCUGCCUUUUAAAUAUUUUUUUUAUUGAACGACCGUUGCUGUCUUAUUCAAUUUUUCGGUUUUUAGAUAUAUCUCCUUAGUGUUCGCUCGCUUAUUGUUCGCUAGUAAUUGUUCGCUAGCUUCAGCCUGGUAAAGUUAACAGUUUCAAGUGUUAGUUUUCUAAUUACUGUGUUUGCUCUUCAACAACACCAGUAAAUCAUGCACAUGCCUUGUAGUACAUAUACUAUGCACAUAUAAAUGAACAUUUUAUGUAUUAUUCAGUUUACUAAUAAUAAACUGUUCAAUUGACAAUAACAAAGAGUUCGCCCUACGAGGCAAUGCGAACUUUUUUUUUAUUCAACAACAAUAUUGUACAUGCUGUUAACAUAUUUCUUCACUGGUACAGCUAUUUCAGUGAAGAUCCCUGUAUAUCAGCACCUAAAGACCAGGGUAUCUUCAGUUAUAUAUUUAUAAAUUUGUUAGUAUAUAUACUAUUUAUCAUUGUUGUUUGUGCUGUAUUUAGACCACUCUACCAAGAAAUUUGUUUUGCAUGCACACGUAUAAAAAUUGCGGUUUUUAUCCAACGCAAUCAUAGGUUUGAACGUUGUUUUCAAUUUAGACUUGUUACUAUUUAUCAUUAAUAUAUUAUGUCUUUAUUAUCUUACUAUUAUAAGGAAAUAAAUAAAUAAAUAAAUAGGAACUUUAUAUCAAAAAUAGUAGCUCUUAAUUGUGAACUUAUUGUCUAUCAUUCACAAUAAAGUAUGUUGCUGCGCGUGCGUUAAAGGACACGAUAACCUUGACGAACAUAUUAUUUUCAUAUUCUUUAUUAGUCUUUGUGUAAAAAACUUUAAUUAAGCUCAAUGAAUCUGUUGUAUACUUUUGCCAUUUUAUUUUGACAAAUACACUUUGUUAUUUAAUAAACAUUAAGAACAGUAAUAAAAGCGCUGUUCCUUUGCUGGGACUUGGUCACAUGCGUGUGAGGAUUUGUGUCACAAAUUUA